AUGGGUGGAGGACGUGUCACUUCUUUAGCUCAAGAGUCGUCCACGAAUGAGCUUUCUCCGGCCCUGAGAGCGGUGGGCAUUGUGGGCGUUGUCAUGAUUCUCCUUGGGACCAUCCUGUGCGCUGUGAUGAGCUGCAUCGCUCCCUGUUGCCUUCGCAGAGAAGUUUCUCAGUCUGGUAUGGACUAUCCGGUUGCGGCGGGGGCUUCUCCCCCAGCCUACACAGGACGUGUGCAGGUGCCGGUUGUGGUGAUGGCCCAGGUGGUGGGACAAGGAGAGGAAAGUCAGAAUGCACAUGCAUAA